AUGCAGGCAGCACCAUUCUUCCAACCAGCGCUCGAUUCGUCGCGCACUGUGCCUCAAUCGCAGGCAUGCGAUGACGGACUCACCUUUGCAGCCCACUAUCCAGCGGACGACUUUGCUGCCUCAUUGGCCAACGGCGAAGCUGCUCUCGAGCUAUGGACCGACUUGCCCAUUUCCAAUCUUGACCAUGCUUCCGCUUCUCGCACCACCGCCUGGAAAGCCAUUCCGCUUCGCCCUCUUAAGGCCUCGGCUGGCCGCAAGAGCGGCUUCGCAUUUGCUGCAACAGUCCAGUGCUCCAAAGACGCUGCCGAUGGAGCUUUUGGAUUCACCUAUCGCAUUGUGCAUCCCGAUGGCAAGAUCGAUUGGCUCGGUUCGCCGCCCAACGAUGGUCAGAUCUACCUCCCUUCUGCGCACACGGCUGGCUCAACAAUCCAGCAACUGAUUGAACCUCAUCUAGGCACCGAAUUCCAGCUUCGCAGAGGCAGCAACUCGCCUCUCGAUGCUGACGAGACUAUCAAAGUGGCUAGCCUUGUGCCAUCGCGCCGAACAGCCCCCAGCAACAUUGCUUUCAGCAUCAACGCAAGCAGCGUCCAGUCCGGUCUGGUCAUCGAAAGGACAAAGUCGACGUGGUGCACCUCGAGACGCUUCCGGUCGCUCACAGAAGUCUCGCCGGACUAUGGCUCCAAUCUCAUUGUUCUCGAGCUAGCUCAGUCUAGCAACAGCGAAAUCCUCGUGAUCCUGCCAGCCUUCGACGAUGACAGUGCUUCAGCUCGACUGGCUCGUGGCUCCUGCGACGGCGCUCAGGUCGACUUCCAGAUCAUUGGAGCCGGCGCCGCUCAAGCAAAGGUAUCAUUCGCGCUCGGCACAAUAGCAACCCUCAAAGAGACCAUUGCGGCAUGCCGAUCCAAUGCUGUCAAGUCGCUUCGAACCAGCAUUCAUGAGCCGCUCGGGCUUUCCUGGUCAGCCAAGAAAUUGCUCGAUAGCGACUCCUCUCUGGCCCUCGACGACAUGAUCCCCACCAUCCCGUACGACUACGACGAGUACGAUUACACCGACACUUCGUUCUAUUCCGACUCUACGAUCGUGGAUGGCUCCCAGCAAGGUCUCAGCAGAGCAAGCUCGAUGAUCAUUCCUGGAACCGACAGCGAAAAUCUGACCCAGGAGGAUCGAGAUGGCGAUGCGUCCACUGUCAAUGGCGAUCGCACGUGCCAGGCCGAAGCUCCAUCGAGCCCUCCCAAGCCUCGCGCCGGACUUGGCUUCUGCACCUGGGAGGCAAUGCAGAACGAGCAGCGCCUUCCGUAUCUGUCGGAAGUCGUUGCUGCGCUCGAGGCUGCAGAGACUCGCCUGGGCCAAGGGUCCAUCGUUUCUCUGCUCAUCGAUGAUGGCUGGCAAGACGUCGUCCACGGUGCGGAAGAUCGUGGGAGACUCAACAGCUUCGACAUGAACCCGGCCAUGUUCGAUCUCGAAGAUACGCAUCAUACCUCGCAAUCUGAUGAGAGUGUCAUCAGCUCCGUCCUUGCUCGCUACACUUCCUACAUCCGAGCAAGAUUCCCUGCCAUCCGAUCCAUCGGCUGCUGGAUGACUUUGGCGGGAUACUGGGACGGCAUUCACCCCGAAGGACCCAUCGCUGCUGGAUUGAGCGCACCACUGCGUCACGCUCGCGUACAAGAUCCUUACCGACACGUCGCUCGCGACUGGUUCGUCCAGUCCAGCGAGCUGGACAUGCACCUCUUCUGGGACAGGGCAUUCCACACUCUCCGACAGAGCGGCGUGGACUUUGUCAAGGUUGACGCUCAGGCUGAGUGGGAAUGGAUGCAAGACGAAACCACCUCUGAAGCCUUCGGCAGCCACACCAGGACACUUCGUGCAGCGGCGCUCGGCAAAGCCGCAUUUGAGGCGAUGGAGGGUGCCGCAACGCGCUACUUUGGCGCGGGCAACGGCGUGAUCCACUGUAUGGCGUUCACCUCGAACCUCACCAACACGCUCAAGACCCUCCCGAAUCAAGGCAUGACCAUCCGCUGCACCGACGACUUCUUCCCUCGGAUCCCAGAAGCGCAUCGCCAUCACCUGUCGCAUAAUGUCUACAACUCACUGCUGCUUCCAGAACACAGCUGCGAUGCCGACAUGCUCUCUCACUGUUCUCAGCAAGGGCUUUCUUCGGAAAGCACAGUGGAGGGACCGGACCACACGGGCUACCACGCAUCCUUCCGAGCCUUCACUGAUGCAGGUCUCUGGAUCUCGGACAAGGCGGAUGCUCCCCAGCAUCCCUCUAUGCGCGCGCUCGUCUCUCCUCAGACACUGUCAGGUGACGGCGCGAGAGUUUGUGUUCAGGCACGAGGAUCUUUGCUGCACGAUGCCGUGUUCGACGAUCUCGUUGGCGACGGACCCGGACCGGCCCUCAAGAUGACGGUACAGCACGAAAUCACCUCUUGCGCGACCCUGGGUCUGUGGAAUCUGCGCGGAGGCGAUGCAGCGACCUUUGAUGUCCUCGACGUCAAGCAGAUGCUCAACAAGCAGGGCAACGUCGAUCAGGUGUCGAGCCUCCUUUACUCCCAGUAUGCUGUUCGAAGUUUCCGGUCCGGCAAGAUUUCGCUUCUCUCAAACGAGCCGAGUCACGACGGACAGACGAAUCGCUUGCUGAACGUGUCGCUGGCAGCAGGAUCAUGGGAGGUGCUGACGAUCUCCCCCCUGCUGACUACGAUGAUUGAAGGAGUGCGCGUGGCUGUACUCGGCUCCACAGAGCACUUUAUGACGCCAGGAGGAGUGCAUGCAGUCAGCGUCGUCGCAUCGUACCCCGACAAGGAAAGCAGGAGACGUUCCUACCUGUCCCACACGCGGAAGCCAUCGCACCAUCGACGCCGCUCCACUCGCUCCAUCAGCUCCGAAAGCGCGUCUCUGCUGACCGCUGCCGCUGCUGCCAACAAGGAUGAGCGGGCAUUGACCAAAUCUUCGGCCGACAAGCUCAUGCAGAGGUCAGAUCCUGCUGCGCAGGCCGUGAUCCUGUCUCUGGCUCUCAUCAACGGCCUUUUCGCUCUCCUGCAGAGCACGAUGACAGGCGUCGUUCCUGGUUCGCGCAAGGGCAAGGGUAGCAUCGUGCCCAGAAAGACCGCUGGCGUCGACGUCGUCGACACGGUGAUUGGCAUGCUGGACAAGUUGCAGACGCUGUUCGUCUUCGGUCUCCUCGUGCUGGCGUCUUGGACAUUGACCCUGCCGGAAGCUAGCUCAAAGAGGAAGUCCUGGUUGCCAUUCCUCGACACAAAACAGAUUCGAGCGACCGAGGAGAGCGAGAGGUUGCGUCCGGACGACAAGACGCUACGACGCGUUCGUUUGCGACCAGCAGAUGCUGUUGCCACGCUGAAGCGCUGCCUCGAGUCGCGCACCAUGAUGCCUCUGCGCCAGGUGCCUAUCUCGAUGGCGGAUCCUCAGCCGAACGCUGCCCCCUCCGCGCCCCUGCCACUGUCACCGCUGCCCGAGACGCCGUUGACCGCCAGCGUCGCGACCACACCAGAUGUGGUGGUCAGCAUGCUCAUCGACAUGGCAGUCAAGAUGAGCUUCCUCGUGCUUUGUUCCAGCCGCGAGUCGAUCAAAACGUGCAGAAUCGAGCGCACGCGCUACGACUGCGCCUCAACACCGUGGAUCAAGAUCGAGGAGGUGGAGCUCGAGGAAGGAAGCUCGACUCAAGAUGGAUCGAAGGCUUUCCGUGUCGAAGUGGAUCUGAAGGCAUGGAAGCAGAACCAGGACGAGACGUACGUGCAGACGCUGUCGGCACCGGUCAGCUUGUCGCUUCGCAUCAGCAGUCCCAUUUGA